ACGGACGAUGUGCCCUGUUUGACCCGACUCGGGGACCACGUCAUUGACGACGGUUGUUUCUUCCUUGGAACCUGCAGCGUCCGUUGUAUUGUCGAACRUGAUGGCGAUCAUGUUUGACACCAUGACGAUCGUGUUCGACACCUUGACGAUCGUGUUCGACACGAUAACGAUCGUGUUCGACACGAUGAUACUCGUGUUCGACACGAUGAUACUCGUGUUCGACAUGAUGACGGUUGUGUUCGACACGAUGACGAUCAUGUUCGACACGAAGACGAUCGUCGUGUUCGGCACAACGGCGGUCGUCUUCGAUACGACGACGAUCGUGUUCGGCACAACGGCGGUCGUGUUCGACACGAUGACAAUCAUGUUCGACACGACGACGAUCGUGUUCGACACGACGACCUAUGCAAGUAAAUGCCAUAACGAAAUUCGAACACGAUCGUCGAGUCGAACACGAUCGUCGAGUCGAAACCGAUCGUCAAGUCGAAAUCGAUCGUCGAAACUGAUCGUUAAGUCGAGCACAACAGUCGAGUUCGAUGCACCGAUCAUGUUCGAYACGACGAUGGUCUUCGACUCRACGAUCGUGUUCGACUGGACGAUCGUGUUCGGCWCGACGACCUUUUUCGGUGGUCGUGUUCCACGUGGUAGUCGUGUUCGACGCAGUGGUCGUGUUCGACACGACGAUCGUGUCCGAAAYGACGUGACGAUCGUGUUCGGCACGAUGGUGRUGUUCGAGACCACGAYCGGUUUCGACUCGACGAUCGUGUUCGACUUGACGAUCGUGUUCGACACCACAAUCGUGUUCGACUCGAUGAUCGUGUUCGGCACGACGACCUUGUUAGGUGGUCGUGUUCCACGUGGUGGUCGUGUUYGACACGGCGGUCGUGUUCAGCACGACGAUCGUGUCCGAAAUGAUGUGACGGUCGUAUUCGGCACGACGGUGGUGUUYGAGACGACGAUCGGUUUCGACUCGACGAUCGUGUUCGACUCCAAGAUCGUGUUUGACACGACGAUCGUCUUCGACUCGACGAUCGUUUUUGGCACGACGACCUUGUUCAGUGGUCGUGUUCAACGUGGCGGUCGUGUUUGACGCGGCGGUCGUGUUCGACACGACGGUCUUGUUCGACACGAUGAUCGUGUUCGACACGACGAUCGUGUCCGGAACGA